CACUGCAGGACCCAAUUGUGAGAUCACGUGUUCCACCCGGACUGGUUUCCACGGCGCACUCAAUCAGAGACCCUAGAGGAGUGAACAUGGCAGCGCAGGUGGCAACUACGAAGGUUCCGGAGGUGCGAGACAUCACUCGGAUAGAGAGGAUUGGUGCACACUCUCACAUUCGUGGUCUUGGAUUGGAUGAUGCCUUGGAAGCACGACAGGUGUCCCAGGGGAUGGUGGGUCAGCUGGCACCUCGUAGGGCAGCAGGGCUAAUCCUGGAAAUGAUCAAAGAUGGUCAGAUUGCUGGUCGAGCUGUGCUCAUUGCUGGUCAGCCUGGAACAGGCAAGACGGCUAUUGCAAUGGGUAUUGCUCAAUCUCUUGGUCCUGACACGCCAUUUACUGCUAUGGCUGGAAGUGAGAUCUUUUCUCUAGAGAUGAGCAAGACAGAAGCACUGAGCCAAGCCUUCCGCAAAGCCAUCGGUGUCAGGAUUAAAGAGGAGACUGAGAUUAUUGAAGGAGAGGUGGUGGAGAUUCAGAUCGAUAGACCUGCCACAGGAACAGGCGCAAAAGUGGGUAAGCUUACACUGAAGACAACAGAGAUGGAGACCAUCUAUGACCUGGGUAACAAGAUGAUCGAGAGCCUCAGUAAAGAGAGAGUACAAGCUGGGGAUGUGAUCACUAUAGAUAAAGCCACAGGGAAGAUUACCAAACUGGGCCGGUCUUUUACUCGAGCAAGAGAUUACGAUGCCAUGGGGUCGCAGACUCAGUUUGUGCAAUGUCCAGAGGGAGAACUCCAGAAACGGAAGGAGGUGGUUCACACCGUCUCCCUUCACGAAAUUGACGUCAUUAACAGCCGCACUCAGGGAUUUCUGGCCUUAUUUUCAGGUGACACAGGAGAAAUUAAGUCAGAGGUCCGGGAGCAGAUCAAUGCUAAAGUGUCGGAGUGGAGAGAGGAGGGCAAAGCGGAGAUCAUUCCUGGGGUUCUCUUUAUAGAUGAAGUCCACAUGUUGGAUAUAGAGUGCUUUUCAUUUCUCAAUCGUGCUCUAGAGAGCGACCUUUCACCUGUACUCAUCAUGGCCACUAACAGAGGCAUCACCCGCAUUCGAGGCACCAACUACCAGAGUCCUCAUGGUAUUCCUAUAGACAUGCUUGACCGUCUGCUGAUCAUCGCCACAUCUCCCUACACUGAAAAAGAGACCAGACAGAUUCUAAAGAUCCGGUGUGAGGAAGAGGAUGUUGAGCUCAGCGAGGAGGCACACACAGUUUUAACACGUAUUGGACAGGAGACUUCUCUCCGUUAUGCCAUCCAGCUCAUCAGCACUGCAGGCCUGGUGUGCCGCAAACGCCGGGGCACUGAAGUCCAAGUGGAGGACAUUAAGAGAGUUUAUUCGCUCUUCUUGGAUGAGUCCCGAUCCUCGCAGUAUAUGAAAGAGUAUCAGGACUCCUUCCUCUUCAAUGAAACGCAAACCACUCAGAUGGACACCUCAAAAUAAGUUUAAUUGUGAAGAGACAUGUUUAGUUAUUGUUCAUGUGAAGUUUUUUUUUACCAUCCUAAAAAUAUUCCGUCAUUUAAGUGUACUUAUAAACAUUUUCCCCUCUCAUUUUGCUACUUGGUAUUGCAAAAUUUUAUACGUUGUGUGCAUUGAAUAAAAUAUCUUCUUGUUUAGCUGUAAAACAUGGCGACCAAAAGAUGAAAUAAAAGCUAAUAAGACAAA